AUGCACGUGAAAUCAUUGGCAGAGCACCUACUGGCUUUUCAAGAGCUGCUCGAGCUAACCAAAGAAAAUUUUCUCGUCAGCUUACUUGGAAAGGGGCGCCAAGCCCGGAGAGCAAGCAUGGUCGCGAUGAGUCUCUUGGAGACCCUCGUGGGGAGGCCGCUUGUGUGGACGGUGAAAGGGGUCACCGUCCUGACGGCGGCGGUCACCAGCCCGUUGUGGGUCCCUUUGGUGUUCUUCUCUACGGUGGCGGCCGGAUUCUGCCUCGUGCCGGCCGCGACGCUCGUGGUCUUUGGGUACUUUCUGUGGAAGGCCUACGAGUGGAAGCAGACUCUCGACACCAUUCGCGGCGUCCUUCGCGCGAUCAGGAACGAGCUCUUUCCGCGCCCGGGGCUUCUCCACCCGGAAGACACCGGUCCGCCCAAGGAACCGGUUGACGGGCCCGGAACGGCGGAACCGGAACCGACGCCCCCUCAGGCCAAACCGCCCAAGGUCCUGGCCGAAACGCCGGGCCACGAGGAGGUCACCCGGGCGUAUAUUCGCCCCUAUUCGCCCGUGAAGGAAGCGGUGAAAGAGACGCAGCCGAAGCAGCCGCAGCGGCAGGAAGAGGAGGCGCUCGUCAAGAGGCCGGUUCUAACUGUCCAGGAAAGCAAGACGGCAGCCCCAAAGCACCCGGCGGUGGACAAGAACCAGGUCCUCCAGGACGUCUACUUUCUUGAGGAGUUUGUGGGUGUCAAAGACCCGGGCGCGCCACCCCCCCCGGGAGACAUCGAGCAGCAGAUCAACGAGAUUGCCAAAGUGGUGGUCGGGGCGCCGAUCCCCGUGCAGUGGCCUUCCAACGAGGACGAGAAGUACGUCGUCGCGGCGACGCAGGUGCUGCCCGCGCUGCGCGACUUCAUCGGGGUUUAG